UGGCAUCAUCCUCCAUCUUCCUCCACUCUCUUCUCCACCGCCUCCAUCGACGCCAGCACGCCCAGCUUCCCUCGGUUCUGAAACGCCGCCGCAGCAAGCUUUCUUCCUCCCCGUCGGCGUUAGCCGGCCGACCCAUCGCCGCCGAGCCUCAUUUUUCUCCUUUCGUGGUAAGCAGGGUGAUCCAAGUGAAGCUCUGGAGGGAGCAGAGAAUGAGUUGAGCAUCGCGGCAGAGCGGCGGGCAACUCUUUCCAUCGAUGUGUUCUACUGCUCUUUGUCACAAUCUGCUGAAUGUUCUACUGCUCUUUGACAAUAUCUGUUGAUUUCAGCAUCCCAUGGAGAUAUUACUCGCACUGGAUUAUGUGCGCUUAUCAGCAUUCGCUAUUUUGCUGGUUUGGGUCAUUGGAAAAAUUGUCAAACUGAAGAACAGACAACAUGAGACAGGAAGUGGUGUCAUGGUUUCACUAGAAAGGAAGGGAGUGACCCCACUCCCAUCACACAUAAUUGCAGUCUGCAAUGCCUCAGUCACGUCAAUAUAUAUUGGCUUUGCUGCACUUGGAGUUUGGCAGGACCAAACUAUCUCCUUGGGCUUGAUCGUUUCAUCACUGUCAUGGCUUCUGGUGACUCUGUUCUCACUCUACUGCAAACACAAAGGAGCAGGAGUCGUAUCAAACUGGCCUGCAGUUCUUGUUUCUUGGUGGCUCUUCAGCUCCCUGUUAGAAUCCCUCCUCACUUCAUUGCAUUUGCUACACCUAAUCAACUCUUCACCUGUUGUAAAUUUCACUUCACUACCGUUCUGCGCUAUCAUAUGUCUGUGUCUAGUUGCAACAGCCAUGAGAACUUUUAAAACAAACCAUGAAGAACUGAAACAAUCGCUUAUCAGAGAAGAUAGUGGAGACAGCAGCAGGGACAGGUUAUCCAGCUCUGGGUGGUGGAGUCAGCUUACAUUCCAGUGGUUGAACCUGGUCUUUGAGAAGGGACACAAGGUGCGACUUGAGCUUGAACACCUCCCAUCCGUUCCUCAGUCAGAGACAGCAGAGCAGUCGUAUGCAUUGCUUCAAGAAACACUGCACAAGCAGAAACCAGAGCCGAUGUCUCUACAAAGGGCCAUCAUUUGUGCUGUUUGGACACCUUUGGUCAUCAAUGCAGUUUUUGCAGGGCUUAACACUUUAGCUUCUUAUAUGGGACCAUUCUUGAUCACUUACUUAGUGGAGCUGCUCUCUGGCAAGAACCCUAACAGAGGCCAUGGACAUGGAUACAUACUUGCAAGCCUCUUCUUGAUAUCAAAGACAGUAGAGUCACUGUCACAGCGACAGUGGUACUUUGGCGCUCGUAGAAUUGGAUUUCGGGUGCGUGCAGCGCUGAUGGUGUCCAUCUACAAGAAAUCCCUGCUGAUAAAGAAUUCAACUACAGGGACAGGAAAAAUUGUGAACUUCCUUGAUGUCGAUAUAGAGAAGAUUGGUGAGUUUUUCUGGUACAUCCAUGGAAUUUGGUUGCUGCCCUUGCAAGUCUCACUGGCACUUGUCAUCCUGUACAAUAGUCUUGGGAUGGCGGCUUCAGUCUCUGCACUUAUUACAACAGUGUUGGUGAUGGUGAGCAACACACCACUGGCAAAGUCACAGAAGAACCUCAACGUGAAGAUCAUGGAGGCGAAGGACUCACGGAUUAAGGCCACAGCUGAGGCACUGAAAAGCAUGAGGAUUUUGAAGCUGCAUGCAUGGGAGACAGCCUACUUGGACAAGCUUCUGAAGCUUAGGGAUGUGGAGAGGGCGUGGCUCAGAAGGUAUCUGUAUACGUGCUCAGCAAUAGCCUUCCUCUUCUGGGCAUCACCAAUGUUGGUCUCAGUUGUCACCUUUGGCAUCUGCAUUCUUGUAGAUGUUCCAUUGUCAGCAGGAACUAUACUAUCAGCUCUUGCUACUUUCAGAAUCCUCCAAGAUCCCAUCCACAACCUUCCAGAGCUAGUGUCAAUGGCCACGCAAACCAAGGUGUCCUUAGAUAGAAUCGAAGAGUUCAUCAAAGAAGACCAACAAGGGAAGCCAAAUAGUUAUGGCAAUAGAAGUAGCACAGAGAAGCAGUCUGUGGCUGGCAUUGUGGAGAUUGAAGCAGGACAAUACAGUUGGGAAGCCACUGACAGCAUCUUGAAGAAGACAAAGUUCACUCUGAAGAUCGAUAGCAAGAUGGACAUCAUGAAUGGUCAAAAGGUUGCAGUGUGUGGGUCAGUUGGCUCAGGAAAAUCAAGCCUCCUUUGUGCCAUCAUGGGUGAGAUUCCAAGGGUCAGCGGUACACAAACAACGGUUGUUGGAUCAAAGGCAUAUGUCCCACAAAGUGCAUGGAUUCAAACCGGGACAGUUCAGGACAAUGUGCUUUUUGGGAAGGCCAUGGACAAGGCUCAAUACAAUGAAGUGUUACAAGCGUGUGCUUUGGAUAAAGAUGUUGAAUUAUGGGCUAAUGGAGACAUGACUGUGGUAGGGGAAAGAGGCAUGAACCUGAGUGGAGGCCAGAAGCAGAGGAUUCAGCUCGCCAGAGCAUUGUACAGUGAUGCUGAUGUUUACCUCUUGGAUGAUCCCUUCAGUGCUGUUGACGCACACACUGGAGCACACCUUUUCAAGGUACAGUGCAGACAGGAAUGCUUAAUGCGACAGAUGUCCUCAAAGACAGUCAUAUAUGUAACUCACCAGCUAGAGUUUCUGCGAGACGCGGAUCUUGUUUUGGUCAUGAAAGACGGAAGAAUUGUUCAAUCAGGAAAAUAUGAUGAUUUAAUAGCAGACAAAGAUGGUGAGCUCUCAAAGCAAAUGGAUGCGCAUAACAAGUCCCUUAGCCAGGUCACCCCUGCACAAGUUCACAGCUUGGCUAGAAACAGAAAAUACAAGAACAAGCAAAAGGAGCUCACAGAGAUAGAGCCGGAUCACAAUGUGCUAGGAAGGGAAAGUGAGGAAGAGCGCGAAUCUGGACGGGUCAAAUGGGGUAUCUACCGCAAGUUUGUUACCUCAGCCUAUAGGGGAGCUCUCAUUCCAGUGAUUCUUGCUUGCCAAGUACUUUUCCAGACGCUGCAGAUAUGUAGCAACUACUGGAUUGCAUGGGCAUCAGAGAGUCGAGAACAAGUAAGCAGAGAGAAGAUGAUUGGUAUUUUCGUGCUAUUAUCUGCAGGAAGCUCGGCAUUUAUAUUGGGGAGAGCUUUUGUCCUAUCAGCAAUUGCAAUUGAAACUGCUCAGCAGCUCUUCUUAGGCAUGAUUAAAAAUAUAUUCCGAGCACCAAUUAAUUUCUUUGAUUCCACUCCAUCAAGUCGAAUCCUAAAUAGAGUUUCAACAGAUCAAAGCACACUAGACAUGGACUUGAUGCCGAGGUGCAGGGCUUGAUGCCACCGGACCCGAUGGCGAUGAGAUAGAGCCCCAGGUACACCGCAGCACGAUGACUGCUGCUGCUGCUGAAGGACGAAUCCAUUAGCAGUGGAAGCCAUGCCGAAAGGGUGAGGGCGAUCAUCCCCUGAAACAAAAGCAGAAUUGUUCAGAGAUGUUGACGGAGGAUGCUGGCAGGAUAGAUCUGCAACUUUGCUAACUUACAACGGCCUGGAUCGAGAUGAAAAUCACUACUGUCCUGUAUCUUCCCCAGUAUGUGUCGGCCAGGAAAGCUCCGAGGAGCGGCGUGAAGAAGCAGCUGCCGAGCCAAGUGGACACGUUCGCGGCAGCGUCGACAUUGCUUUCGUGAAGCACGCUCGUGAGAUAGGUGACCAAGUUCUUCUGUAUCCCAGAGAAGGCCAGGCUUUCACCGAUUUCGGCACCUGAUGAGCGCUCAUGAUUCAAAUGACUAGGUUAAAUUUGUGUGUUGAAAGAGAAACAUGUAUUAUGGUUGGUCUACAAUGGACAUAAUUCUUUGUUAUAAACUUGUGACAAAGGAACUUUUUCGGCAGUACCUAAAAUCAAAUAGCAUGCUCUCCA